ACGUGGGCGCGCCCCAUUCUCCAGCCUGGGAUGUAGGAGUACGCGCAGGGCAGGCACACAGAGAGAGCGGCCGGUGGCAGCGGUGGGUACGCGCGUCCCGGUGCCGCGGAGAUGGCGGAGGCUGCGGGCGGGAGCUGCUUACCGGGCGGCUGGUCGUACGGAGUGUGCCGGGAUGGGCGGGUCUUCUUCAUAAAUGACCGGAGCCGCAGCACCAGCUGGUUACAUCCCCGCACCGGGGAACCCGUCAACUCCGGGCACAUGAUCCGCUCAGAUCUGCCCCGAGGGUGGGAAGAGGGCUUCACGGAGGAAGGAGCCAGCUACUUCAUAGACCACAACCAGAGGGCCACCACCUACCAGCACCCCGUGACGGGCGAGAUCUCCCCAGAAAACUUUGAUUUUGAUUUACGAGACGGGCACGGCUCAGCCAUGACCCAACCACCAAGCGGCCAGAGACCUUCCAGUGCGGUCAGUGAAGGCUCCACCGCAGUCACCAAUUCUACUACCGAGGUCAAACCGGUCUCCAAGGCCCACAAGCCCAGCCACAAAGCCCACAGCUUCGGCAAGCGAGACCACUCGAUCAAGCGAAACCCGAACGUCCCAGUGGUGGUGCGAGGCUGGCUGCACAAACAGGACAGUUCAGCCAUGAAGCUCUGGAAACGGCGCUGGUUCCUCCUGUCCGACUACUGUCUGUUCUACUAUAAAGAUCACCAAGAGGAGACGGUUUUGGGGAGUAUCCCCCUGCUCAGCUACGUCAUCUCCCCCGUGGGGCCAGAGGAUCGGGUCAGCCGCAAGUACUCAUUCAAGGCUGUGCAUGCUGGGAUGCAAACGAAUAUUAACCCUAAAGGCUCUGGCGUUGGGGCUCAGCAGGACCAGUCGGGGAUGCGCACCUACUUCUUCAGCGCCGAAACGCAGGAGGAUAUGAAUGGCUGGAUCAGGGUGAUGAACCAAGCUGCACUCAUGCAAACACCCCCAGGGGCCCGGAGUGACAGUGACAGCGCCGAGUGGCCGGCAGCCCAAGGGGACAACCACGUCGAUUCCUUCAAAGAACCUGCGCAGCCAGAAGGCGUCCAGAGGAAGGAAAACUACCAGAGCGCCAAGGAGAGGGGCCAACCCGCCAAGCAGGAAGAGCCGAGGCGCCAGUCGCUGGAAGAAAACCGCCAUUCCCUCCCCAGGUCUAAGAACUUGCUGGUCUCCAGCGACGGCGAAUCGGCUUUCACCGAUUUCUCCAAAACCUACCGGAGCCAGAAAGCUCAGCCGCAGCCGCAGACCUUGGAGAGGAACGGGACCCUCCCUGGUACUUACAGCACAAGCCCCAUCCAGCAGAACGGCACAAACGGGUACCGCAGAGUUAUUGCCCCCCACCCCACCAUGGAGAGGCAGGGCCAGAGGCGGAGCAACAUGGUCCAGGUGGAGCAUUGGGUGAAGGUGCAGAAGGACAAUCGGAGGCCUUCGGACUACACCGUUCCUCGACACGUCGUCAAUCAACACAACCUUCACUUUGAGAAUUACCAAACGUUGCCAAAGACCAGCCGGCAGCCCCCCGGCCUGUCCCCCCCCACCGACCGCCAUUUGCCCAGUGACUAUAAAUAUGCGCAGGACCGGGUCAAGAACUACAAGAUGUCCAACGUGGAGCGCCAAGCCACCAAGGAGGGGACGGUGUGGCAGCUGUACGAGUGGCAGCAGAGGCAGCAGUUCAAGCACGGCAGCCCCACGGGGCCCAUUUACAUGACUUCUGCAGACAUGGUGGAUCGGAGCCGGAGUAAAAGUACCUUAGACGUCCCCCGGUGCAUUUCUGUUCCCCCCUCUCCGUCGGACGUCCCCCCGUCACUCCCUAUGAAAGCCUUUUCCAUCAGGAGGCCCCACACCCCCGCUGACAGGUUAACCGUCCGGCCGGAGGAGAGGCAAAUGGACGCCCCCUACAUGGGAUCCCCGCAGAAGAGCCGCGCCCAAGCAAUUAAGGCUGCCUCGCACGUGGACCGGCGCUCUAUGCCCGCCUUCGGGUACAUGACCCACACUGUAAGUGCCCCCAGUUUGCAUGGCAAGUCGGCGGAUGAUACCUACCUGCAGCUCAAGAAGGACUUGGAGUAUUUGGAUCUAAAGAUAAAAUAUAACGAGCCCCUGGUCAACCUGGUUCACAGUCUCUUAAAGAACUCGACCCCGGGGUACAGAACCAGCAUCAACGUUUCCGGGAGAGAAUCGCUGAAAGAUCGCUCUCUGAAACCCGUACGGAUCGCCGAAAGCGACGUCGACGUGAAACUGAGCAUUCUGUGUGAACAGGACCGGAUCCUGCAGGACCUGGAAGAUAAGAUCCGAGCCCUGAAGGACAAUAAGGAUAAACUGGAAACGGUCCUGGAGGUUCUGCACAGGCAAAUGGAUCAGUACAAGGAGCAGCCGCAGCACACGGAGAAGAUUUCCUAUCAGCAGAGGCUCCUCCAGGAGGAUUUGGUGCAGAUUCGAGCGGAAAUGUCCAAAGUUUCCACCGACAUGGAGAACGCGUGGAACGAAUACGUCAGGCUGGAAAGUGAUGUGAUCUGCUUACGGCAAAUGCUACAGGAACAAAUGAACCGAUCUCUGUCUUCUCAGGAAAAGGCCCAGAUGCAAAAGGAUUUGUGGAGAAUCGAAGACGUGACAGCCGGGCUCAGUGCGAAUAAGCUCACCUAUAAGGUUCUUGUGGAAUCUUUUAAGAAUCCAGAAAGGAAAACAGUGCCUUCCGUCUCGCAGCCAUUCGUGCCUUCUGGGACUACAGCGUUUACGUCUGUGCGCAGUAAAUCUGUGUCCCCCCAGAACCCUUCUGUGAGCCUCGUGAUGCCCACCCUGGAUGUGAGAUUGUACUCCCAGCCGCCCUACUCCCAGCAGCCCUACUCCCAGCCGCGCUCUCACUCCCAGCCGCAGCUCCUCUCCAGACCCGACUCCCUCCUUCAUUCACCAACAGGAGUCAAACCAAAGUUUGAUGAAGAUGCCCCGCCGCGGCCCCCCCUCCCAGACGUGUACAGCCCAGAGGGGCCAGAACCCUCUCCCACAGCCCCCCCGCCUCCGGCCGUGCCGCCGCCCCCCAGAGACCCCUCAGUGAUCAGACACACGUCAGUGCGGGGCUUGAAGCGCCAGUCGGACGAGAGGAAGCGAGACCGCGAGCACGGGAUGAACGGCGAUUACAGGCUCGACCUUCGCACGUACGUGAGUGAACCAGAACUCGUGGCCAUGGGGAACGAGUCCAGCCCACCAGCGCCGGGGUUUCUGGGUUCUGACGCCGGAUAUCAGACGCUGCCAUCGAGAGGUCUAUCUGGAUCCACCUCCAGGCUCCCGCAGUCUUCUACUGUUGCCUCGUACGUCACUCUACGGAGAGGGGCAAAUACCGACAUUGCUAAGGAAAGACCAAAAAGUGCCUUUGAGCGCCUUUACUCUGGGGACAACCAAAGAGGCAAAAUGAGUGCCGAGGAGCAACUGGAGCGAAUGAAGCGCCACCAGAAGGCCUUGGUCCGCGAGCGCAAGAGGACUCUGAGCCAGGGGGACAAGCAGCCGCCCACCAGUAACUCCCAGCCCCUCCCUGCGGACAUAAGCUCAUGGCGGCGGGAGCAGGAGUUUGACCUACAGCUGCUGGAGAGGGCGGCGCGGGGCGCGGGGAACAAGGAGGAACAGGAUUGGCUGACAGCGAAGGCCGUACAUGUGACUGAGUUGGAUCUGGAGCCGGAGGAAUAUGAUUUAGACAUCAGCAAAGAGCUCUCCAUGCCGGACAAGGUCGCAAUCCCAGAGCGCUACAUUGAGCUGGAGCCGGACGAACCGCUGAGCCUGGAGGAUAUGGAGGCCCGACGGCGCAAAGUGGAGAAGAUAAAGAACAUUCUGGCCCGGUCAAGCGUGCACAACCUACAGACCCCCGCGCUGCCGGAGAUACAGGGGCUGGCGGAUAUGGGGGCGCAGAAGGAGGAGCAGGAGCGGAUGAUCACCAUUUCCUACGCGUUGGCGUCUGAGGCCUCGCUGCGCAGCAAACAGGUGGCGGCUCAUGCCGUGACUGAUCACUGACGCCCCCCCUGGAAUCUUCCAGCAACCGUCAGGAAUCAGCCCCCGGGGGCAAUAAAUAUGGAGAUGUCGGAUCAGCGCCACUUUCCCAUCAUUUGGACUCUGUCGUUGCUCUGCCGGGUCAGAACCCCGGGGUUAGGGAUCCGUUGGCUCUCUGGGGUCAAGUCGAGCCAAUCGGUGGGAUCCGUGUAUAUAUAUUUAUAAGGGGGGGGUCAAAGGGCCGGGAUCCUUCUCAGGUUCUGCUGGGGGGGCACCUGGGGGGCUUUGCUGCCAGCAGGAAAAAGGGCAAAUUAAUGUGAAAUAAAGUUUAUUUUCCCAAACUAAACUGAGCCGCAUUGGCCCAAAGGAACCUGAAGGAACCUGAACCCGAUUGGACCAGGAAGUGUAGAACAGGGAGGAGGGGAUUUGGGACCAAGGAAUGGAUGGGGGGGUCUCAGAAUGGGAUGGAAAGAGGUAGGUGACAUAGUGGGGGGGGGGGGUGGGGGGCAGUCACAUGACCCCGUAUUAAAUACGUCCCGCCUCCUUUACCUCCAAAAUCUCCCCCCUCGGGUUUAUUUAUCAGUCAAAGUUGGGGGAAUUUUUUUUUAUAAAUUCUGUAUUUUAUAGCAGGAAAUUUCCCCGAAUGUAACAAAUACCGAUUAUUUUCCCAUAAUAACGACACGCAGAAUUACCGACCCCUCGCGCUUCCAAGAACAAAAAUCACCUUCUAUUAAUGGGGAAAAAUUCCUAAAAUAAAUAUAUUUAUAUGUGAAAUCCCCGCGCGGCGCCCGAGCGCCAAUAUCCCGCGUUUAACACUUUCCCGUAAUGAAUCGUUUUCUGUAAAUCCCCCCCCCGAUUGCUGUGGUUUGUGCAUUUACUAGCCCGCCGUUUGUACCGCGAAUGUGUCACGUGACUUGCGCUUUCAUUGGAAACAGAUUUGUUGUUUUAUAUUUUCAAUAUUCUGAUAAAAAUAAUCUAUAAUUAUAUUUAGUAAUAAUGUCUAUUUUUAACUAACUCUCAACUGCCAGCGUCGCGCCUUUGCCAAAAUUACAUCUAUUUUUUGCCUUUUUAAAAAAAAUGUAAAUAAAGAAAAAAUCAAUAAAAAUG